GUCGAGAUGUCCGAGGCGGCAGGAAAUCUCAAUAGUCUUCGCAUGGCGAAUGUGGCCCUGCGAGAAGAAUUAAAUGCCCUUCGCGGGGAGAAUGCCAAUUUGGGCCUGCAGCUCGGAAGAGCUCUGGCCGAGGUUAAUUCUUUGCGGGGCAACGUCUCUAGCUACAUCCGCUGGCCAGUGCCCAUAGUGCCUGUCCUUACUGAGGAGAACUUUGAGUUCCCGCUCAGUGAGACUGACCCCACUCCCGAGGAAGAGGUGCCCUUCCUGUGCUGGCCUCCCCCGCGCACGGAUCCCGAGUAUGUCUCGGAUGAUCUUUUGAUUAACGUGGUGCAGGACUACACCAACCCCGACGGGUCCACCGACCCUCCUCUGUCGCCCAGUCCGCCUCCGCCGGAGCUGCCUUCCCCAGCCUCCAAGGAGCCGCCCCCGCAGCCCCUUCUGCCACCGCUGGAGCGGCCCGACAUAGAGCCUUUUUCGGGCGACCCAGUCUACCUGGCUGAAUUUCUGAUGCAGCUGGAGACUUUCAUAGCCGACCAUGAGGAUCAUUUCCCUGGGGGCGCUGAGCGGGUGGCCUUUCUGAUCUCUUUUUUCACUGGGGAAGCUAGGGACUGGGCCAUCUCAGUCACCCAGGAAGGAAGCUCCCUGCAUGCCAACUUCCCGCGCUUCCUGGAUGAAAUCCGUAAGGAAUUCUGUGGCCCCAUCCCCCCACGUGUGGCUAAAAAGGCCAUCCGCCAGCUCAAGCAGGGAGACUGUACGCUGGGCAGCUAUGCAGAUGCUUUUCAAUUUCUGGCUCAAUUCUUAUCUUGGGAUGACUGCCGCCUCCAAAACCAAUUCCUCAAAGGCCUGUCGGAAUUCUUCCGAAAGGAGCUCUUAUGGUCCACUGAAAUGGCCGACUUAGAUGAGCUGAUUCUUGAGUGCGUGGAGAUAGAAAGAAAAGUACGUGUUCCUAAGCCAAUCCCACUCCCUGGUGUUCGCAAUGUCUUCUUCCCUUUUGCUCCCAACCCUAACGAGGAUGAAAAUGAAGAUGAAGAGCGCUGUAGUGAGGGUGAAGAUGGAGAGGCACGCAGGCGCAGGCUUUACCUGAAGGACCAGCGGAAGCACAUGAGGGCUUUCCGGCAAGAGAUGAGAGAGGAGGAAGAGAGGAGGAAGGAAGAAGAAGAAAUGAAGGAGGAGGAGGACGAGGGCGAUGAGGGGGAGGAGGAUGAGGAUGAGGAGGAUGAGGACGAAGAUGAAGAUGAGGAUGAGGAGGAUGAGGAUGAAGAUGAGGAGGAGGAAGAAGAAGAGGAAGACAAGGAGAUGAAACAGAAAGAGGAAGAGGAGAUGAAGAAGAAUGAGGGUGAUGGUGAGAAUAAGGAUGAAGAUGAAGAAGAAAUUGAAGUUGGAGGCCAGGAGCCAGAGCAGGAGCCAGAGCGGGAGGAGAUUCACCACGCAGCCCAUCACCACCACCACCACCACCACCACCAUCACGGCCUACCGGAGGAGCUGAUGGAGAUGGAGGAGCCUGUCCUUGUCGACACUUCAACCCAGACUAUUACCUCCACAGUUGGCUACCAUGCUGAGAAUUUCCUGGGUGUGUCACCUCCCAUAAUACAUUCCAGCAGACGGAGGAACCAGAAUCGAGUCCCACUUCUGGAGGGCCUUCCAGGUACCAACUCACCAUUCUAUAGCUCGCCACCACUGAUUCGCCGUGCAGGUCGUUUGGGUCAACGCCAAAUUCGAAGACGCCCCCCGGUGCUAUUCCGCCUCACUCCAAGACAGGGGGGCCACCGAGCUGCUCGCGGCCGAAUUCGCGUGUGA